CUGGACUGACCAGGACACCCCUCAUGACUUUGUCUGGUCACAACGAGGCAGUGUCGUCUGCCCUCUGGUUGGACAGCGAGGAGAUUUGCAGUGCAUCCUGGGACCACACCAUCCGCCUCUGGGACGCCGAGACCGGAAGCAUGAAGACCACACUGACGGGCAGUAAGGUGUUUAACCACAUCUCCUACUCUCCACUGUCUCGUCGCCUGGCCUCUGGCAGCACUGACAGACACAUCCGGCUGUGGGACCCUCGCUCCAAAGACGGGUCGUUGGUGUUGCUGUCUCUUACCUCUCACAGCGGCUGGGUCACAGCGGUGAAGUGGGCUCCUUCCCAUGAGCACCAGCUGGUGUCUGGUUCCCUCGACAACCUGGUCAAACUCUGGGACACCAGGAGCUGCAAGGCCCCUUUGUAUGAUGUGUCUGCCCACGAGGACAAGGUGCUCUGUGUGGACUGGACUGACAGCAGGUUGAUUUUGAGUGGAGGAGCUGACAACAAACUGUACACAUACAGAUACACAGCCUGCGAGACAGACGCUGGAGCGUAGACUAGACAGACUGGAGACAGACAGAUAUAGCACCUGUGUUUUUAUUGGAUGUUAUUGAAAUGCGGUAUCCAGUCUGUGAUUAUUCUGAAUUAUAAUUUGUUUGGUUACUCUUUAUUUCUCUGAUGUAUUGCCUGUUGAUUAAAGCCUUUCCUGAUGUAGACAUGUGUAUUUAUGAACUGCUACAGUUGUGUUGAUAGAGGCUGUUCUUCCUGAUAUAAGAUAGCCACAGUGACAUACUGUUUUCUAAGAUACAGAUAGUCUCCAUGUAAUACUGUGUAUGUAUGCAGCCACAUCGUUUACAGAUUAAACUACUGUAUUGAGCACCAUCAGUGGCAGGUCUCUAUACUGCCCUCUCUUGGGAUAGAUGAAUAGAUACAGGCCUACUGUGUUCAUAAUGUGGCAUUAUAAUUCCCACUGUCGUUGUUAAUCGGAAUGUCUGUCUACAUCCAUGAUAUACCAGUGUUUAAAUACAAUAACUACCCUGUCAUCAGGUUUUCAGAUUAAAGAUAUUUUGUAUUUUCCUGCA